AAAGGAGUCGGUUUGGGCAGUUUUUAGAAGGAUAUAAAGUAACAAGAAACAUCUGGAGAGAGCGGCUUUAGGGCGUAAUAAGAAAAGAAAAACAAGCCGUAGAAGAGGGCUCUCUCCCUUAACAAAAUCUUUUCAGAUGGAUCGUUAUCAGAGAGUGGAGAAGCCGAAAGCAGAGACACCCAUUGACGAGAAUGAGAUUCGUAUUACCAGUCAAGGCAGGAUGCGUAAUUAUAUCACUUAUGCCAUGACUCUGCUCCAGGAAAAGGGAUCGAAUCAAGUAGUUUUUAAAGCAAUGGGCAGAGCCAUUAACAAGACUGUGACUAUUGUGGAGUUGAUUAAGAGAAGAAUUGUUGGUCUACAUCAGAUUACUUCAAUUGGAUCCAUGGAUAUAACAGAUAUGUGGGAGCCUCUGGAGGAAGGACUCCUUCCUUUGGAGACCACAAGGCACGUGUCAAUGAUAACUAUAACCCUUUCGAAAAAAGAAUUGGAUACAUCCUCUGUUGGAUAUCAGCCUCCAUUACCAGCUGAUCAGGUGAAGGCAUCCACAGAAAUUGAUCAUGAAGGAGAGAGCUCUCCUACUGGCCGUGCUAGAGGCCGUGGUGGUAGAGGAAGGCCAAGGGGUAGAGGGAAUGUCUUUGUCUCUGCUGAGUAUGAGGAUGGGGGCUGGGACCGCUCUCGUGGCUAUGCUAGGGGUAGAGGUCGAGGAAGAGGACGUGGCUUCCGAGGCCGAGGGCGUGGAGGAUACAAUGGACCCCAGUUUGACAGGCAGCAAGAUGAUGGCUACAAUUUUGAAGCCCCUCCCCAAGGUGGUCGUGGUCGUGGCCGUGGCAGGGGAUAUCGUGGAAGGGCCCGUGGGUUUAGAUCUAAUGGGCCAAUGCAUGCAGCUGCAUGAGAUGGUUUGUAGUGGUCCUUGAAUGAUAUGGAAAUGAUGGUGUUAGAUUCGCAUAUCCAGUCAUGUUUAUGAAAUUUUUUGGUCGUUCUUUAUUUCUUCUAUAGAUUAGGUUUGGUCAAUUUUUUCUUCAUAUUUAAUCACCAGCAGUUUAGUAGCAUGUGUGGGAGUUGGUGUCGAUGUUGAUGUUCAUGAGUAGGCUUAGAAUAGUUGCAUGUCGGGUUUCUACUAGUGCAGCAGCAGCCUCACACUGUAGGAGGGGCUGGUCUUUUUUGGGUUUAUUCCGUAGCAUUAGCUCUUAUUAUAUGUUUUGAACAAUUGUAAACAGAAUUUCCCCCCUAUUAAAGAGUUUUGCUA